AUGAGAUCCUCGGUCCCAUUAACCAGGUCUACUUCACCGUCAAGCCCCAGGAUGGAAUCGUCGCUACCUCCUUCAAGGCUGGUGACAAGGUCUACAUUGGUGGAGACAAGCUCCUUCCCCUCGAGAAGUUCCUUCCCAAGCCCAAGGCUCCUCCUGGAGCUCCCAAGCCCAAGCGCGCUGGCGGUGCCCGCGGUGGUCGUGGCGGUGCUCCCCGCGGCCGUGGUGGAUUCGGUGCUCGUGGUGGUGCCCCCCGCGGUCGUGGUGGAUUCGGUGCCCCCCGUGGCCGCGGUGGCUUCGGCGGUGGUGCUCCCCGUGGCCGUGGUGGCUUCGGUGGUGGUCGCGGUGCUCCCCGUGGUGGUGGUGGCUUCCGUGGUCGCGGAUAUUAGGUCCGAUGAUCCUAUGUACUGUCUUCUUAUGGCGUUUGGGGGAUAUGGGAGCUUUGUCCAGGAAUAUCUUUUCCGUCUUCUUGUGCAUCCUGCACAAUUGCAACUUAAAUGGCUGCAGGCUGUAGAAUAUCACCAGUCCAAAAAUCUUUCUGUUCAAAUAUUCAAUGGUUCCUGGUCAUUUAUUGUAGUUCUGGCAAUUAAUCCGUGCAGCAUAAAUGGCUGCCUUCACAAGCGACCUCAACCACCUGUCAUGUGGCUCAGCCACCGCCUUACCGCCUUUGCCUGCAGUUUGGAAAAUGACGUUGACCGCUCAGAGUUUACCUUCUAUCAACAUUACCCCGCACCUGAUAUCGGUUUGAGCAUGUCUCGUCGGACAUCGGCUAUGGCAUCGAGCGAUUCUUCCAGUGGUGUCCCACCUUCCGGUGAUGGAGGUCAGGAGAAGCAGAAAAUGCUACUUUCCUCGGAUCAUGGACAUUUCAGCAUGGUGAAGUUAGUCUCCGCGCCUCCUGUCUUCUGGGCCCAGUUAACAUUCCGCAGGGCCAUGCAUCUUGCCGAUCUGAUCACUGAAAUGAAUGUCAUGUCCGUCUUCUCUUCCAUGCGCUACUGCCUUGGUGAACCCACUGAAUACGGUGCCAUCUGGGCUGCCUUGGCUUUCAUGCCCUUUGGUCUAUUCUUUGACUUCAUGGAUGGCAAGGUUGCACGGUGGCGCAAGAAGUCGUCCCUCAUGGGCCAGGAGCUUGACUCACUGGCAGAUCUGAUUUCGUUCGGCCUUGCUCCUGCUGCGGCCGCGUUCGCACUGGGUAUUCGCACCACCCUUGACCACGUCUUCCUGACUUUCUUCGUUCUCUGCGGUCUCACCCGUCUUGCCCGGUUCAAUGUGACUGUGGCUGUACUGCCCAAGGACAAGAGCGGUAAAUCGAAAUACUUCGAAGGCACUCCCAUCCCGACCACUCUGUCCAUCGCCUCGCUCAUGGCUUACUGGGUUUCUCAAAGCUGGACGCACGAAAACAUUCCUCUUGGUCUGUUCGCCGAAGGCACUAUUUUCGAGUUCCACCCGGUCGUCCUGAUGUUUGUUCUGCAUGGAUGCCUUAUGGUUAGCAAGACCAUACACAUCCCCAAGCCAUAA